GUUUUUACUAUUUUCUGUACCUUCAAUGUUUACAAAAACAAAACAAGAAAGGACAUAAAAAUUUUGAACUUUAAUUUAAUAAUAAACUUUUUGCAUUGCUCGAGGCAAUGCCUCUUCUAUAUUACUUUUAGUAAAUGACCAUGACAGAAAAUUUGCCGAUUCCCGCUAUCGUUUUUUUGUGUGUAAUAUGCGGCUGCAUGGUUGUACUUGUAAUUGUCUACCAACUUCUUCAAAGAGAUAUGUGUUGCAAAAUUGAGGUUGGGGGAAGAAGUGAAGAUAAAGAUAAAAAUGGCUACAAAGAAAUUGUUCAGAAUUUCUACGAUCUUGAUGAAAAUGAAGCUUUUACUACAGAUGAAGAUCCAAUUAGUCGCAAAAGUAGUCGUCGUAGUAGCAGAAGGAGCAGUUGUGAUAUCGCAGCAAGUCAAUCUGGCUGUGAAUUACAAAUAGGCGAAGAUGCAUCUACAUAUAGUGACCAAAUGAAUGCAAGAUUAAGCUUUGGGCAAGAUGAUGCUUAUAAACACGGUGGUAAAAUAUUUUUUGACUGUAAUUACUCUCCAUCAACACAACAAAUGAUAAUUAUAGUAAUAAAGGCGGCUGAUAUUCCUUCAAGAGCUCGAGGAGGUUCUUCAGCAGUGCAAGUCCGAUUAGUUCUUUUACCUGCAAAGCAUCAUCGAUUUAAGACUAAAGUAAGACCUGCUGCAAACCCUGUUUUUAAUGAAACCUUUAUUUUUCAACGUAUUGAUCAAUUCAUAAUAAACCAAUCAUCUUUAAGAUUAAGAAUUUAUGGUCAAGAGCGUUAUAAUCAAGGUAGAGUAUUAGGUGAACUUGUUAUACCUUUGAAAGAAUUGGAGUUGUUGGCGCAAAAGCCAGAAGAUGAAAGAAGAAUGUGGAAAACUUUAAAACCCAAAACUCUAACGAGUUCAGAUUCAUUAUUUGAUGUCUCUGAUACCAACAGUAUUACAAGCUUUGGGUCACAACUUGGAUCAAAUCCUUCAUUAUAUGGGGGAAGCGGAACAACAAACACCGGAUGCCACGGUAACACUCCCGAGUUGCUUAUUUCAUUAUGUUACACAUCUCUCACUGGGCGACUUACAGUCGAAGUACUAAAAGCAACAAAUUUGAAAGUUAUUCAACUUCAACGGGCUCCAGACACUUACGUCAAAGUUUCGAUGUUCAACGCGAUAGGCCAUCAACUCGCCAAGAGCAAAACUUCGAUUCGUCGGUCAAUGUACGAUCCAGACUAUAAAGAAACUUUUGUAUUUCAAAUAAUAGAGUUUGAUUUAUCAAGUGUUAGUCUAAUGUUUUCUAUAAUCGUCAUAAAAAAGAUGAGACGAAAAGAAAUUCUUGGUUGGUUUUCGUUGGGCAAGGACAACACAUCUGAAGAUGAGUUAAAACAUUGGCGAGAAAUGCUACACGAAAAAGGAAAACCGGUUCGUAGGUGGCACGUCCUUAGCGCAGUAGGUCGAAGCUUUGACGAUGAGUAUUAAAUGUUUUUACAGCUUAAGAGGUACGUUUACAGUUUACAAGUAAGAGUUAAGAUUUUAAUGUACGCAACAAACACUACUAAAAAGUCUCAGCUAACAUACUCUACUCCAAAGUUUUAAAAACUUGUUGUAAUAAAAUAGUUGUUGCAGGUUUUUUUUAACCCCCUGCAACAAACAAGGGGGUUUAAUUAACGUGUUAAAUAUAGCAACAGUUAAUAUAUUAAUUUAAACAUACUUUAACUUCAACCUUAUAUUUUAAUUGGUUAUAACUGCUAAUUUACCAUGGUAUAUAUAAAUCACCUGAAUAGCAAACCCAAUAGAGGGGCAUUUUGUACCCUUAUUUUUAGUUAUUUUAAAAAAGAGUCUGUAAUUCAGGAGUUUGACCAUUUCCAGUUUCUUUCUAUACCAUAGUUUAAGAAUUUUAUUUUUUAAAUUUUAUUAUUUCUUGGUCAGAUGCUGUAUAUUUUUGUAAGUUGAAAUAUAUUUACAUUUUUUUCA